ACGUGGGGCCGACAGUGGCGCUCCUCCGGACAACAGCGGCGCCGCUCGGCACUCGCGUUGAGCGUGUGUGGUUUUGUAAUGGAGAUGGCUGUCGGUUGAAAUUCCCGGGGUCGAGGAGCUAGCGGCUUCUCGGCCGCCCUUGUGUUUUUCAGUAACAUCUUUUCCGGAUACGUGGUUACGGCUCGGUGGGAGAACAGUAUUGCCCGUCCGUGUGACUGUGUGCUUGGCAAGCGUGGGGUUCGGGGCCCGUGUUUUUGUGUGCGCGUGUGUGUGCGGCCUCGGGUUUUUUUCUCUUCGCGUUCGGUUAGCCGCGAGCUCGUUACCCGUGUGAACAUCGUUUAUGUGUUCGAUGCGAGACCUGAGAAACUCUGGCGCCAGCGCGCAACAAUGUCGAAUACCGACGAGAGACGUCGGACAUUUUUGAGUUGGGCGAGAUGAGCCCCAGGUCAACAUCGUCGUACUGCAGGAGACACGAUCUUGGUCUUCUGACGCGCACAAGUUGGACGGAUGCUCGCACCGCGGUUCGCCAGAUUGAGAAGGGCCGCGCCAGUGGUGGCCGCUGGUCACUGCUCCUGCGCGGCCAACUUCAGGGACAGCUUGUGCAGCUGGGCCGGUUCAUCGACCGCAAUGCGGGCAAGGUGCUCUUUGUCGGACUUCUGGUGCUCGCCACGUUCUGUGUGGGCCUCAAGUCAGCCCACCUGGAGACGGACGUUCACAACUUGUGGGUGCAACGCGGUGGACGACUCGAGCGUGAGCAGGCGUACGUGCGGUCGACGCUGGGCGAGGGCGCGGGCACCAGUAGCCAGCUAAUGAUUCAGACAGCGCCCCCGGGUGGGGAUCUCCUGAGGAGGCCCGAGGCGCUGCUGUCCCACCUCGAUGCCCUCUCCCGGGCCACCCAAGUCACCGUGGACAUGUACGAGCUCACCUGGCGGCUUAAGGACCUGUGCUACGCUCCCAGCUUCCCCACAUUUGACGAGAGCUACGUGGACGACAUGCUUGAGAAGCUGUUGCCCUGCAUCAUCGUCACACCCCUCGACUGCUUCUGGGAAGGGUCCAAGCUCCUUGGGCCCGAGAUUCCGGCUCACAUCCCGAUCUUAGGUUUUGGUGUACAAUGGACGGACCUCAACCCGCAGCGUUUAGUCGGCGAGAUCCAGAAAGUGGCGACUUUUGGUGGCUCCUUCCCGUUCGACACCAUUCAAGAUUUCAUGCGGAGGGCGGGCAUCACGUCAGCAUACCAAGAGAAGCCGUGCUUGGACCCCAGUGACCCCCGCUGCCCGGAAACCGCGCCCAACAAGCGUUCGGGACGGGCACCCGACAUUGGUGCACAGCUCACGGGCGGCUGCUACGGUUUCGCGACGAAGUACAUGCACUGGCCCGAAGACCUUAUCGUUGGAGGUGUUCAGAAGAACCGGUCUGGCCACAUAGUUCGGGCAGAAGCAUUGCAGUCGGUUGUUCAGCUGAUGGCAGAGCGCGACAUGUACCACUACUGGAAAGGCCACUAUCGGAUGGCUCACCUCGACUGGACCAUGGACAAGGCACGCUCCAUCCUCGAGGCCUGGCAGCGUAAAUUUGCAGAGGAAAUUCUGCGAGAGGACGCGUCAUUCGAGUACCGCAACACAACGCGGCGUCCGAUCGGCGAUCUGCACGUGUUCACUGCGACUUCACUCGCGGACGUCAUGAAGGACUUUUCGCAAGUGAGCCCGGUUCGCGUGGCACUCGGCUGCCUGCUGAUGGUCGUCUAUGGCUGCAUAUCAGCGUGGGCGGCCGCCGCUCGCGACAAUCCUUGGGGCAGUGCAAUCCUGGGCACUGUCGGGGUCCUCCUGGCCGUGGCUGCGGUCGGCGCUGGCCUCGGCCUGUGCGCCCUGCUUGGCUUACCAUUCAACGCGGCCACCACUCAGGUGCUGCCAUCGCUGGCGCUGGGUUUGGCCCUGGACACUCUAUUCCUGCUUGAUCAAGCUUACAGGCAGGGAGCCUAGGAGUCGGCCCCCUGUUCAUUCAAACUUUGUGCUUCCCAGGUGCUGAAGUGCGUCGGGCCCAGCGUGCUGUUGGCAUGGGCUGGUACGGCUGGCGCAUUUUGCGCAGCUGCACUGAUCCCCGUGCCGGCACUCCGGGCUUUCGUGCUCCAGGCUGCCGUGCUGCACACCUUUGGCACAGCCACCAUGCUCCUCUUGUUUCCGGCUGCAGUCAGCGUGGACCUCAGGCGAAGCCGGCACAGCUGGCAACAGUGCUGCUCAGCCGAACAUGCGACAGUUGUAGUGGCUGCUGAAGGGGACUCGCAAGCUCGAUCCACUGCCAGGCCAGCAACAGUAGUAGCAGUUGGACCCAUGGAAACGUGGGUGGGCACAGAUGCUGCUCGGGUGGUCGACAUGAAGCAGGACGAGAGGCAGUGCUGGUGGUCCCUGGACUACUUCGCCAGCCACUACUAUGCACCUCUGUUGCAGCAGGCACCGGUGAAAGUUCUGACUAUGUUGGGCCUGGUGGCACUCCUGGCGGCAUCCGGUUGGGGCACCCUGCGUGCGGAUGAAGGCUUGGACUUGGCUGAGGUGGUGCCUGGUGGCAGCCGCGAGCAGGCUUUCCUGAAGGCGCAGAGUCACUACUUUGGGUUCUUCCACAUCUUCGCCAUAACACGGGGAAACUUCGAGUAUCCGACCAAGCAGAGGCUCCUGCUGGAGUUUCAUGAGGCGUUCACUUCAAUCGAGCACAUCAUCAAGAACGACGACGGGGGCCUACCCGACUUCUGGCUCACACUCUUCAGGGACUGGCUACGAGGCCUGCAAAAAGCGUUUGACCGCGACUGGGAGCGAGGCUGCAUCACACGCGAGCAGUGGUUCCCAAACGCCUCGGACGAAGGGGUCCUCGCCUACAAGCUUCUCGUGCAAACGGGUCGGCCAGACAACCCCAUCGACAAGAAACUCAUCCCCAAGGGACGACUUGUCGACGAUGAAGGGCUCGUCAACCCCAAGGGCUUCUACAACUACCUCUCGGCGUGGGCGUCGAACGAUGCGCUUGCCUACUCGGCCUCGGAGGCCAACCUCCGCCCUGAACCGCGGCAGUGGAUACACUCGAGGCAGGAUGUCGAACUGCGCGUCCCCAAGUCGGCGCCGCUCGCCUACGCCCAAAUGCCUUUCUACCUCCGCGGUCUGCGCAACAGCGGCGAGGUGUCGCGAGCCCUUGAGAGUGUGUGGGCGCUGUGUGCGCGCUUCGAGGCUCGGGGACUCCCCAACUUCCCUCGUGGAGCCCCCUUCGCCUUCUGGGAGCAGCACCUGCGGCUCCGGAUCCACCUGAUGGCGGCUCUGGCUCUGGCUUUGGCUGCCGUGUUUCUGGUGCUCGCGCUUGCCCUCCUCAACCUCUGGGCUGCCUGCUUCCUCGUGCUCGUCCUCGCGAGCUUUGUCCUCGAACUCUUUGGUGCGAUGGGCUUCCUUGGCGUGCGGCUCAGCGCCAUCCCCGCCGUCCUCCUUGUGCUGGCCGUCGGCAUCGGUGUACAGUUCACAGUUCAUGUGACAAUCUCGUUUCUGACAGCCAUCGGCAGUAGGAGCCGCCGAGUCUCACUGAGCCUCGAAUGGAUGUUCACGCCCGUGGUGCAUGGUGCGGUGUCGACGCUGUUGGGUGUGCUCGUGCUGGCGUCAUCCGAAUUUGACUUUAUCGUCAGGCACUUCUUCUAUGUGUUGUCGGCCCUGGUGUUUCUGGGUCUUCUCAAUGGACUGCUGUUUUUGCCGGUGCUGCUCUCUCUGAUGGGACCGCCUGGCGAGUUGGUGCCUCAAAGUCGUGGGGAUCGCAUAGCGACGCCAUCGCCAGAAGCAUCCCCCGAGCCUCCGCAGCGAGCGAUAAGGCCGCCGCGUACGUUUGGGCGUCCCGUCGCCGGUCCGCCGCUCGGUGGUGCAGGCGUGCGACGUCAUCCGUGGGCCGACUCGCUGAGCACGAUAUCGGAAGAGCCGCCCUCGUACCACUCGUGCUCUUCCUCGCACGAGAUUGUUCUGCACCCUGAAGUGGUCGUCGAGACCACCACGGUGACCACGAGCAACGGCACUACAGAGACCACUACGAGAAACACGGUGGACUCCGGUGACCGGUCGUCGUCGGCGCAGAGCAGCAACAGCAGCGGCAGCGGUUCGAGCAGCCGCUCGUCGACACCAAGCGAGGGCAGCAACGCUCCGACCGUGGUUCAGUCGAGCAGCGACUGCAGUGUGCAACCGGGGGGAGGGGCCACCACGAACGUCACGACCAAGGUCACUGCCAAGGUCAAAGUGGAGCUACACGCACCUGUUCAUGCCUCUGAACGCAGUCACAAGCACAGGCGGCGGCGAGACAGUAGCUGCUCUCGCGACUGCAAGUUUUGACGGAGAAGUCUCGUCGUUCCGCUGCUCAAGGUUGUGGCAGCCAGUAUUUAUUACCCCUAGGGACUGCUGUACAUAUAGGCACCUGUGUGUGGUGGGUGGCCCUGCAUAUUGACUAACUACCUCAAAGUGAAAGCGUCCCAUAUUCCUCACUCCCCACACAGCAUCAUACGGGUACAAGUCUUCUUCUCAGCUACUCUUCGAUUGACGACAGAUUCAUUAGAAAUGGCCACAGUAGCGACGCGUCUUUGCGUAAGGAGGAAAGCCCUGCAGUGCGUACCGUGUGCUUGGAGCGAGUGAUCAUGAAGAGAGCCAUCAACUUCAACUGGACCGACGGCGAUGGGAGCUGUUCAUCUGCUCAAGGAACUGUUGUGCUUGCUGCCAGACUGUAGCCCACAUUUUUUUUUUUAACUAGAAGGAAGAGUAUUCCCUUCUAUCACAGUCGAGGCACUCAGAAGCAAGUGGAAAAUGCCUAACACUGCCAUGUCAUCGAUGUCUGCUCAGUGAACAUUUAUGCGUGUUAAGGACUGCGAAACUGUGUCUGGACAGUCGAAUUGGUGGCCUCGGUUUUGCCAGUGUUUGUCAGUGCAUUAACACAAAUGAUUUGCCCACGUGCUUUUUUUUUACUUCUACCAAAGAUGGCCCGCCUUCUUUUUUUAUUAGGUGUCGAUUUCGCGGGCAUUUUGUCUUUGGCAGCGUCGGUUGCUACAGGAAGUGAAGCUGCUGACAAUUCGGGUCUUUCUAGUUACAUAGUAUAGCUUACUGCAACGCUAAGCGUUAUUACCUGGACAGUUUCUCUCUAUUCCCCGUCCCCAUACCCCCCUCUUCAAAUGCCCAUGGCGAAUUUACUAACACCGAAUAUCCUCAGAAGCAUCCAUUGUGUGCACUGUGGACUGGCUUUCAAUUGGAUGCAUACGAGCCUCGCAAAAUUGGCGUAGAGCUUUUACGAUCCUGUCCUGCACGAAACGCAAAUAGCGUGACAGAGUGUCCACACGAUUGCGGUGUUGUAGGUGAGAAAUACUAUGACGUUGUAGUAGAAUUUAUUUAUUUUUCUGACUCUAGUGAGGGCUCUGUUGUUCAGGCCUCCCUAGCAUUGUUACUCUUUGAAAUUAUGUGGGACCACUGACUCGUUCUCUCAAUUAUUUU